AUGUGUCAACAAUUUUGUGCUGUCAAAACGUCAAAACUUCCACAAAAUUUCCUAAUCAAAAACCAAAAAAUCGAAGAUUUCCAAUCUAUUUAUUUAUAUUGUAAAUCUACACUAACUCCUCUGAUAAGUGUAAACAAAUCAAAUAAAAAUAGGUAACAAUGUCAUCAGCAACGGUAAGAAAUAUACCUCUUCUUGACGACGAUACAAUUCCAUUUGGUGAGGAAGAAGAACUUGGAAACAAUUCCCCAAAGAAAUAUGCACAUCCAUACGUUGCAUUUUUCCAUUUGUUCUUCCGCGGAUUGGCAAUUUUAGUCUAUGUGUUUUGCAAUUGGUUUAGUGAAUCGUUUGUCACUAGUUUUGUGUUUGUAAUACUCUUGCUGUCGGCAGACUUUUGGACGGUUAAAAACAUAACUGGACGAUUGUUGGUGGGCUUGAGAUGGUGGAAUUAUGUAGACGAUGAUGGCAAAUCACAUUGGGUCUUCGAAGCGAAACAGAGUCGAAUCAACAACAACGAGGCGCGAAUCUUUUGGUUGGGUCUCAUCCUGUGCCCAGCAUUUUGGUCUCUCUUCUUUAUCUUCGCCUUCUUUGGUCUGAAGUUCAAAUGGCUUUUACUAGUGAUGAUUGCCCUAGUCCUCAACGCCGCAAACUUAUAUGGCUACAUCAAAUGCAAUUAUGGUGCUGGCACCAGCCUCAACUCAACUGCAACAGAUUUUGUUAAGACUCAACUCUUAAAAAAUGCCGUCGAUAUUAUGACUAAACCCAGCAGUCAACCUACAACAGCCAAACCAACAGGCAUCGUUUGAAUCCAUUCCGUUUCAGUUUAAGUUUCAAAAUUAAAAACAUAAAAUAUAAAAUUAAGACAAACUAAAAGAAUAAAACAUAAAAACACUUUUUAGCUAUCUAAUAUUUUAUAGUAUAUUAUUGUUUUUCUUAAUUUACAAAAUAUUUUGUUUUUCUUUUUAAUUUUAAAUAUACAUAAAAUUAUAUAAUUAUA